ACGGAAGGUUCUGAUGAUGUUUUGUCCUCAGAGAUCACGAUGAGUACGGCUUCCAGAUCGUCCCUGAAUAUGAAGUCGAGGACAUGAAACUGCUCGCUAAGAUCCAGGCGCUGGAGAUCCGCUCCCACAACCUGCUGAACCAGGAUGGGGAAGACCGGCCUCUGAUUGGUCGCUGGGCCCAGUUCCUCGCCGGCAGGUCCAGCAAUGAUCUCUGUUCCUCCCCGGAGCUCAAAGGCCUGCUGCGGGGGGGCGUCCCACGGGAGUACCGGCAGCGGGUCUGGACCUGGCUGGUCCGGGCCAGAACCAGGAGCGCCAGGGAGCGCCACCCACAGCGCUACCAACAGCUUUGUGAGAAAAGCGAUGCGUCUCCUUGUCCCGCCUCCAGACAGAUCCAGCUGGACCUCCACCGCACCCUGACCACCAAUCAGCACUUCUCCUCACCCUCUAGCCCCGCCCUCCAGCAGCUGCGCCGUGUCCUAUUGGCCUUCUCCUGGCAGAACCCUGCCAUUGGCUACUGCCAGGGCCUCAACAGGCUGGCGGCUCUGGCCCUGCUGGUCCUUCAGAGCGAGGAGGAGGCAUUCUGGUGUCUGGUGGCCGUGGUGGAGAACAUCCUGCCUCCGGAUUAUUACACCAAGCAGCUGCUGGCCUCACAGGCGGAUCAGCGCGUCCUGAAGGACUUCCUGUCAGAGAAGCUCCCUCGUCUCUCUGCUCACCUGCAGCUUCACAGCGUGGACGUGUCUCUGGUCUGCUUCAACUGGUUCCUGGUGGUGUUCGUGGAGAGUCUGCCCAGCGACCUGCUGCUGAGGCUGUGGGACGCCUUCCUGUAUGAGGGCAGCAAGGUGACCCCGAUAAUCACUCAGAUAGGUGACCACGCUACACCACGAUCACUCAGAGAGGUGGUGUUCAGGUACGCUCUGGCUCUGUUCAAAUACAAAGAGGAGGACAUCCUGAAGAUCCAGGACGGAGUGGAGAUCCACCAGUACCUGCGCUUCUUCACUAAGACCAUCACCGACGGCAGGCGGCUGACCAGCAUAGCGUUCAGCGACAUGAACCCGUUCCCCGGCCGGCUGCUGAGGAACCGGAGGGUUCUCCAUCUGCAGCGUCUCCAGGCGGAGCUGCAGGACCUGGAGGACCAGCAGGAAGAGUUCCUGACGGAGAACCUAACAGAGAUCCUGACGGAGAACCGGAGGGACGACAAGGAGCUGGAUGUCAGCGAGGACGAACUCUGAGUCAUGGAGUUCUUUAACUUUGAGAGACUUUCAGGGGAAAUCUCUCAAUGACCAGUGUUAGCACGUAGCUAACACAUGCUAUCAAAGGAAACCUGUCGUGCAAAAUCCACUUUUCCAUGUCUUUUAUACAUAAACAUGUGAAUAUAUAUAUAUAUACAUAUAUAUAUAUAUUAUAUAUAUAUAUUCCUAAUGGCCUCGGCCCCUUAGUUCCAGUGAAGAGAUUCUUAAUGCUUCAUCUUACCAAGUCAUUUUGGACAAUUCUCUGCUUCUAUCUUAGUGGAGACGAAUAGACUUCAAGAUGGCGGAGUGAGAAGCAGCAACGUUGCAGGCUCGUAAAAAAAGUUUAGAUUUGAGUCCUUGACUGCAAAACCAACAGGCAAUAGCUUAUUCAUGAUACACUUUAAGUUAUUAUAGAAGCUUAAAUAGUCACAUUUUACUUUAACUCUUCAGUUACCAACACUUUUGACAUAAAGUGCCUGCUAGCAUGACCGACCACGAUUACAACUUAAAAGUUCUCCAUGAGGCAUGUGACGACUCGGAUAUUGAGGACAUGGAAGCGGAAAACUCUAAGGGACACAAACAAAUUGGGACCACACACCAACUAAAGGACCGAAUCCAAAGAAAUCAAAGGUUCAUGGCGAAACACAAAUGGCAGAGGAUAGCAGCAGCACCAUUCUCCAGGCGAUUCAAAUCUUUCCGGAAAAAAGGAUGAACAGACAGAGCUGUUAAAAAAGUUUAAAAAACGCAUUGAAGCAAACACUGACGCAGCUAAAGAAAAUAAGAAAGACAUUUCUGCUCUUCAGAAAAAGUUUGAUGAUCUUCUGAAAGAUAACACUUUACUACGUAAGUGUGGCGAGGAGCAAGCCCGCUACAAACGGAGGUGGAAUCUGAGGACGAAUGGUCUGCCUGAAAAAGAAGGAGAAAACACAAGAGAAGCUGUGAUCGGGAUAAUCACAAGAGUUGUUCCGCUGUCUGUGGAAAAGCUGCGUGACUCAGUAGACACUGUCCAUCGGCUGGGUAUGAAGGGUAAUGCAGCUACUUCCAACAACACACCGAGGUCAAGCAUCAUUCAGUUCGGGAUGAGGACUGUUCGUGACGAGAUCUGGAAAAAGUCCAAAGAUGCGAGAGUCUGCUGCGAGAUGCACAUUCGUUUCAAAGAGGAUUUCUCCAAGGAGGACCGGGAGGCUCGCUCCAAGCUGUGGCCACUGGUUCAAGAAGCCAGGAGAAAGGGGAAGAGAGCUUUUCUGAAGGAAGGCUUCGCGCUGAUUGACAACAAAAGAGUGGACCCGGAAUAACGUGAAAAACACGGCAGUAAUGAACUGGAGGGACAGGGAGCAGGUGUCCUCAGUAGGUAUGCUGAAGUUCUCAGUUUGAGUGUUUAUUUAUUUUAGGAUUGGACUUGUCUCAGGUUAUAUUCAAAAUGUUGUGAGCUAUUGCACUAAAUAUGUUUGUUAAGGGCUACGUUACUCACUUCUGCGCAUCGAUAUAUCGCAUUUUCUCAAGGUUUCUAUCUUUGCUCUUUCAAUGUUAUCGUUCAUAUCCUUAAAUGCUAGGGGGCUAAAAAACAAUGUGAAACGGAAGGCAAUUUUUCUUUUUUGUAAAGAACAAAAGGCAAAUUGUGUUUUUCUGCAAGAAACUCAUUCUGCAGAGGCAGAUACUACGUUCUGGAAAGUACAAUGGGGAGACAACAUGUUUUUCAGCCAUGGAACAUCACAUUCGGCUGGAGUGAUGAUUUUAUUUAACAGGUUACCUGGAAAUAUAAUUGACCACAGGAGUGAUACAAACGGUCAUUGGCUAAUGGUUGUGACUGAUGUUAAUGGGACUAACUAACUAGUGUGUGUUUAUGGAUAUAACAGAAAGAUUAAAAACAAUCAUUUUCUUUCAAUCUUGUGCCAAAAAUGAGAGGAAUGGAAAGUACUUUAUAUGACUGAUAAGAUUAUAAUCGGAGGGGAUUUUAAUGUAGUUCCUGAUGAGUGGUUAGAUCGUCUAUCUUUAAGGGGACAUUGUCAUCAUUUUAAUGAUUCUAUUAUUCACUUGGCCUCUAAACGUAAUUUAACUGAUGUUUGGAGAAUAAAUAAUCCCUCAAAGUCACAAUAUACCUGGUUUAACUCUUCUGUAGGAGCCAAAACGUUGAUUUAUUAUUUGUAUUAUUUAAUCAUUUAAUGUAUGUAAUGGAGUAUAAUUGAUUGGUGUCAAGUGAUCAUGAUCCGCAGCCACGGCUGGGCGGAGCGGCUGAUUGGUGCUGCGAUUGCCUCAGCUGGUUAAAAGAGUCCUGCUGAUGAUACUCUGUGUUCUAGUUUGGUUGUGAAGCCACACGGUUUUUUGACCGCUGCAUUGCACUGCAGAGAAGGAUAACUUGGAAAUAAAUAUACCAAAAGAAA